CCUGGCAACAGUGGCAGAUGUAAACACGACCGUCUGCCAAAUUGAAGGGAAAUUUUUCUAAAGUAGAAAUUGAGAGUAGAAAAAAGUAGAUUUAUGAUGGCAGAUCCACAGCCUCUGUCAGGACGGCGUGUUGGAAGCUUUGCCUACCUGACCAUAAAGGACCGUCUGCCAGUCAUCCUCACCAAAGUCAUUGAUUUUCUGUGCCGUGAGAAAGUGUCCAUAGGAAAGCAGUAUGGAGAGGCAGCUCAGGAGGGGUGCAAGGAGGUCAUUGGGAGACUCUCACAACUCAAGAACGAGAUGCAGACCAACAAGCCCUUCAGGAUACUGCAGGCGGAUCCCUCAGCGUCUCCCCAUGACGAUUCCGAUGAAUACAACCGAGAGCUGGAGAAGUUUACCAUUGAGAAUGAGGAGCAACCCAAGUGGUUUACUGCGCCCUGGCUCUACGCAGAGUGCUACAUGUAUGCCAGAAUUCAUGAGGCCUUCUAUUUGUGUGAUCCGCUGAGGGGAUUCGACCCGUUCCUAGUGCAGAAGCAGAAGGCUCUCGUUGACUCCAAGGGGGCUGUGGACUGCCUGAGUAAGCGAGUCAUGACAGCAUGCAACUCCGUCAGUAAUUUUACGCAACAGUUACUUAAGCAGUAUGUCAUUCAGCUCUUGGAGGUCUGUCUAUGGGGUAACAGGUGCGACCUUAGUAUAUCUGGUGGUGCGGACAGAGCGCAAGAGUCCGAUAUCUUCAGUUCACUAGACAAAAUGCGACCGCAGAUCCUCGACAACAAUGCUGAUUUGCUGUGGCAGCUCUUAGUGUCACUGCCGGAGGACCAGAGAGAUCUAGUGUUAGUGUUAGACAACGCAGGCUUCGAGCUGGUGAGUGACCUCUGCUUCCUGACAUUCCUGAUGGAGUCGGCGCUGGCCACGUCCGUCACCAUACACACCAAGACGCGGCCGUGGUUUGUGUCGGACACCUUGCACUCCGACCUGAUGUGGACCAUCGAGAAACUUAGAGAGUUUGGAGACUCCAAUGCCGAGAUGGCCAACAAGUGGGCGAAUUAUCUGUCGUCUGGCCAGUGGAAAAUUAGCGAGAACAAGUUCUGGACGCAACAUCACGACUUUGCCUCCAUGAAUGAGGUCGACCCACGGCUCUACUCUGAGCUCUGCAAAGCGUCCUUAGUUAUAUUUAAGGGGGACCUCAAUUACCGCAAGCUCACGGGCGACCUGGACUGGCCAACGAACUCGAGCUUCCAGCGCGCCCUCCGGGGUUUCUCCCCAGCCCCGAUCUUGGUCCUGAGAACAGCCAAGGGAGGGCCGGUGGUAGGCCUAGCCCCAGGGGUGGCAGAGAGAACGGCUGCCGUUGCGAGCGACUGGAACAUCAGCGGGGAUUAUGGCUUGAUCCAGCUGUGCACUGGUUCUUGAUCUGCUCACAACGCUAACUGCUGUUUUCCUUCACUGUCCUUAUUGUUCAUGUGACGUGUACCUCCUUUAGCUCUUUCUGUUUCUUUUUUUCUCUUCCUUCUUCCUCUUCUUUUUUCUUCUUCUUCAUCUUCUUCUUUCUACAUAAAUUUUGGACAUGAAAUUUUGGACAAAGGUGAGACUUGUAGAGAGUAAGAGAAAAAAGAGAGACGAGAUGUUGAGGUCCUUAGUUGUGUCAGAUCUAUUUUUUUCGUUUCUGUUUUAUGUUCUUCAAGAAAAUAUAUAUAUAUAUUUAGCUUUUGGUGUCCCUGUGUUAGUGGAGGGAAGUGCUAUCCAUUGACGUAAAACUUUUCGACAAGUGCAUUAUACCGAUUGUCUGGCAAUAUACUCUUUAUUUUGUAAAUACACAUUUGAUAUAUAUUUAUAUUUUUAAUGACUGUAGUUUUUGGUCAAAAAUGUAUAGAAUUUUUGUUAUGGUCUCAGUGUAUUAAAAUCAGUCUAAAGACUUGGUUUAUAUUACAUGUAGAGGAAGUCAAACCACUUACUGUGGGGAGGUAGAUACUGGAUAGUGCAUUAUUUGAUAUUCAAAAGUUAAUGUUAUUUGCAAUAUUUAUUUGUAUGAUGGAAAAAAACAUUGUCCUUUGAGUAACAGAGGAAGAUGCAAAAUUUGAACAACUUAACAUCAUUACAGCCCUUGAACUCCAGUUAGAAGAUCAGUCUUUUCCUUGUGGAAUGUUUAGCUUGCGAGAGUUUCAAGGGAAAGGAAAUUUUCCGAACACCCCUUUUGUGCUAGGACUAACAUAGCUUAGAGCUUUUGAUUACCAAUUGUGAUUUCAAGCUUAUAAACGGCACUACCCUUUACCCAUACAAUACCCAAAAUACCACUAGAAUGACAUAGUAAUAACCAUGACCCCAUGUGUAAUGAUAUCAAGAAUCCUUACCAUACCCUUAACUCCCUAAAACACCAGCACACCAGAAACCGAAUCUCCGUAACCGCAGUCACACCCUGUCAUAGAUCAGUUCAGUUCCCCUAAACUGUGUGUGUGACUGUAGACCAACACCCACUCCCCGACGACUUUAAUCCGAGAUGUGACCUUCAACCUGUACAAUAUCCUAUACCUCAUGCACUGCCUUCCGUCACUCUCGAAUCCUGUCUCGCAUUCCCCCCCCCCAGUGCACUCCUAAGGAACCUCCUUGUCACUGCCUAGGUACCUAUGCACCUCUCCGGAGCGCAUUAAAGUGAUUGUGCAACAAUGCUGUCUAUGUGUCUCGAUAAUGCUUGCGGAUGCACAGUGCAACCUGGAGUAUUCCUGUCGUGGCAUCACAGCUCUGUAUGUUUUAGUUAAUUUAUUUUUUCCUUCUUUAUUGCAUUCUAACUUGGUGCACAUUCAUUCAGAUGAAUUCCAACGUUUUUAGCUAAACUUCUCAGCUACUCUUAUUGCCGUUGUUGUAAAUCUACAUGAAUGAUGGGUUUCUAUACCUCUCUCUCUCUAACACUUGUUGCUUUGGCUUUUAAAAGAAAAAAGAAAAAGUCCAACCCCAUUAUGGCAAAUGGUAUAGAAGCUCCUACGUCUGUCAUGUUUGGUGAUGCUGACCCCCCCACAGGAUGUUGCAAUUCCUCUCGCCUGGGCACGCCGGUGGGGACGGGGAAAUGCGCAGUAGGCAGCUGUCUGUUUGUACGUGUUGUGUGUCGUCAUGCAGGCGUGUGUUGUCACGCAAAACUGUGUCUGCGACGGUUUCCUUUUUCACAUUUAUAUAUGCUUCAUAGAGUUACUAGGAGAUGGAGUGAAAGCAAUCCCACUUAUUGUAUAGCUUGGCAAUGGGUCAUGUUGCUGAAACCCACCAAGAUAUUGGUUUGGGGUAUUUGGGGAGAUGGAGAAUUAGAAGACGGGAAAAUAAGAAACAUUGAUUUAUAAAGAA